UCAUUUGGCAGGGAACCCAGACACACAUGACUCUGCUCCUGCUCCGUCAUUAAAUCCCCCUCUCCUUUCUCUACCUGACGUGUGCGCUCCUCCGCUCUCUGGCGUAGCCGCGUGUGAAUCAGCUGCUGCCUUUACCAUGACCCGUGCUGGCCCUUCUCCUGCCGAGCGAAUGUGGGCUGCUGUGUUCCGAGGAUGACCGGGAGCUGGUAGGGCUCUGUUGAAUGCCUGUGCACCGCAGGGGCCACAACCUCUACUCGGGUGUGGGCAGAGAGACUGCUGGACUCCAGUGCCAGGGCUUUAGGAUGGCCAGUGAAGGUGCUGCUACCCUCCCCAGCCCUGUGGUGCGUCAGAUUGACAAGCAGUUCCUGAUUUGCAGCAUAUGCCUCGAUCGCUACGACAACCCCAAAGUCCUCCCCUGUCUCCACACCUUCUGUGAAAGGUGUCUGCAGAACUACAUCCCGGCUCACAGUCUCACACUGUCGUGUCCUGUGUGCCGGCAGACGUCCAUCCUGCCAGAGAAGGGUGUGUCCGCGCUGCAGAGCAACUUCUUCAUCACCAACCUGAUGGACGUCCUGCAGCGCAGCCCCGACAGCAGCAGUGACGAGAGCAGCACCCUCGACAACAUCAGUGCUGUGGCCACCGGACAGCCCCUCUCCUGCCCCAACCAUGCAGGCAACGUGAUGGAGUUCUAUUGUCCUCCGUGCGAGACGGCCAUGUGCGAGGAGUGCACGAGCGGCGAGCACGCUGAGCACCCCACCGUCCCACUCAAGGACGUGCUGGAGCAGCACAAGGCCUCGCUGCAGGACCAGCUGGACGCUGUCAAGAGCAGGCUCCCUGAGAUCGACACGGCCCUGCAGGUUCUCUCAGACAUCCUGCAGAAGCUGACCCACCAGAAGGCCUCUAUAGAGGAGGACAUCCACGCAACGUUUGACGAGCUGCAGAAAACGCUCAACGUGCGCAAGAGCGUGCUUCUCAUGGAGCUGGAGGUCAACUAUGGGCUCAAACAGAAGGUACUGCAGGCCCAGCUGGACUCGCUGUUGUCGGGGCAGGAGGGCAUCAGCAGCAGCUGCAGCUUCACGGAGCAGGCGCUGAGCCACGGCUCCGAGGCCGAGGUGCUGCUCGUCAAGAAGCAGAUGAGCGAGCGCCUGCGCGAGCUGGCCAAUCAGGAGCUCCCGCUGCAGCCCGAGGAGAACAACCAGCUGGACUUCCUGGUGGAGACGGAGGGCCUGAAAAAGUCCAUCCACAACCUGGGCGCCAUCGUCACCACCAACGCUGUCGCUGCGGAAACGGUUGCCACUGGCGACGGUCUGCGGCAGUGUGUGGUUGGGCGCCCCUCCUCCGUCACCGUGACAACCAAGGACAAGGAUGGGGAGUUGUGCCAGAUGGGCAGCGCGUGCCUGGCGGCGGAGUUGGCGUCUCCGGACGGGGGGCUGGCUGACAGUGGCGAGGUGCUGGACCACAAGAACGGCACCUACGAGUUCCUGUACACGGCGCCGCGUGAAGGCCGCUACACGCUCUCGCUGCGCCUCUACGACCAGCACAUCAAGGGCAGCCCCUUCACCAUCCGGGCAACCAAGUCCACCGACCUCCUGCUCAACGCCAACGCGGUGGACGGCACUAAGAAGCGCCUGAAGUCGCCGGGCAGCGGGCAUGUGAAGCAGCGUGCCAUCAAACGGCCCGCCAGCAUGUACAGCACGGGCAAGAGGAAAGAGAACCCCAUCGAGGAUGACCUUAUGUUCCGCAUCGGUACAAAGGGAAGAAAUAAAGGUGAAUUUACCAACCUGCAGGGAGUUGCAGCAUCUUCACUGGGCAAAGUCUUAAUUGCAGACAGCAACAAUCAGUGUGUUCAGAUAUUUUCAAAUGAUGGACUGUUUAAAAGCCGUUUUGGAGUACGAGGACGGUCACCGGGGCAACUACAGCGACCCACAGGUGUUGCAGUUCACCCAAAUGGUGACAUCAUCAUUGCUGACUAUGACAACAAGUGGGUCAGCAUCUUUUCAAGUGAGGGGAAAUUCAAGGCAAAAAUUGGCUCUGGGAAGCUGAUGGGACCAAAGGGUGUGUCCGUAGACCGCAACGGCCACAUCAUCGUCGUGGACAACAAGGCCUGCUGUGUUUUCAUCUUCCAGACCAACGGCAAACUGGUCACCAAGUUUGGAAGCCGUGGCAAUGGAGACAAACAGUUUGCAGGCCCACAUUUUGCUGCAGUGAAUCAGAACAAUGAAAUAAUUGUGACUGACUUCCACAACCAUUCUGUGAAGGUAUUUAAUCCAGAGGGAGAGUUUCUACUGAAGUUUGGGUCCAAUGGUGAAGGAAAUGGACAGUUUAAUGCCCCUACAGGGGUGGCAGUAGACAUCAAUGGCAAUAUCAUAGUGGCAGACUGGGGCAAUAGCCGGAUACAGGUGUUUGAUGGCAGUGGCUCCUUCCUGUCCUACAUCAACACAUCGGCGGACCCUCUGUAUGGCCCUCAGGGUCUGGCCCUCACCUCUGAUGGCCAUGUUGUGGUGGCGGACUCUGGGAACCAUUGUUUCAAAGUGUACCGCUACCUGCAGUGACUCAUGCCUUUCAGCCCUCCAUCUCCCACCCACCACCACCACCUUUCCUGUCUAUUUGCACUCUGCCAGUAGGACGCCUACGCCGAUUCCUCUGCACUCAUCUUCCCCCAUUUCACCAGGACCCCUGAGGUACCAUCUCAGUAGUGUAGGAAGUGCCCUGAGAGAGGUGCCUGGCCUGAUGCAGACUGAAUGGAAACGUGUGAAUGAAUUAGACCCUCAAAAUAUCUGCUACAUGCACUAGUGUGGACUCUACAAGGAAAGAGCAGAGCGUUCAACACAGUCUGUCUCCAUCUACUGAGCUUUGUAGGCACACUACUGUAUGACAUUCCCUAGUUAUUUUUAGGAGAGAAAAUCACUAAUAACAUCACUUGCUAAGUCUUUAGCCAUUCUUGUGUUACAGACCUCCUUCCUUCGAUCACCAAUGAUAUCUUCAAUCAUUUUAUUUCUUUACCCCAGACAACAAGGGUGAUUGGAAAAUUAUUUCUCAAUUUUGAUGCUGCACAAAAGUGAUAAUAAAUGAAAAAUGACAAAAAGAUCAUUCAGUAGUGCACACCUAAAAUAGGCAGUGAAUUUUCUUUUACAAUGAGUUCAUAUUAUGUUAACUUGGAGGCUUCCAUCUACAAAAAUCACAUGUAGUUCAAUUAUUGUUAAAUACUAGUAAUGUUGAAUUGACAGUGAUAGUCACAAGUUAAAUAUUUUAUGUAAGUAAAUGUAAAUAUAUUGUCUUUGGUGGCAGAAGAAAUAUCUGGAAAGUUCUGGAAACCAAAACAGAAGAUCUAAUGUGGGCCAUUUGCAAUCCUGUUUAGUUUUUGUCCAUUUCAUUAUGUUUCACUGCAUGCCAUUUGUAUGGGUGGAGUCUUUCACCAUCAAGUUUCUUUUUUUCCAAUGCCUGGUUAAGACUGGAAGACACUGGCCCCACCUCAGAUAGAUCAUUUCAGGGGAAGUACAGCAUGUUUAAGAUGCAAGUGUUGUAUUUUGUGGAGCGACUGAACUAGCCACACAUCUGCAUGGGGUAAACACCGUUCACAUAGGUUGGAGACGUUUGGUGGGUCUCAGUUGUUAAAAUUUACAGUAGUGUGCACUGUGAUUUAGUUCACAUGGAAAAGGGAUUGCUAUAAGUUUAAUAUUUCUGUUGCAGGAGAAGGUUGAUGUGUGACUGAGCAUGUGUGAUUGAGUGGUUGUGCACAUAACACCAUUUGAAAUGCAACUGCACUAUGCAGCCAGCAAGUGAAGCACUUAAUGUAGCUCUUUGUAAGAUGCAAUGAGCACAAGCUUUCUUUGAGGGGAGCAAGGUUUUUGUGAAGAAGCUGUAUAAUAUGUAUAAUGUUUGUGAUAGAAUUUGAUUUAAACAAGCAAUAGUGGUUUCUUUCGUUACUUUAUGUGACAUAAACAAUGAGCUAUGAAAAGUAUCAUGGCUGACAGAUUAAAACUGUAUUCAUUUAUUCUUCUGUGGGACUUAAAAAAGGGACACGCUAUCACUUCUACUUUUUAAACUGGUAUCAGACAUGCACUCACCAGCCACUUUAUUAGGGUACACCUUUUAAACUGUCCAUUAGCACAAAUUGUCACCCAAUGUAUCUCCAGGGUUUACAGAGAAUGGUUAGAAGGUCAGAGGAGAACAGCCAGACUGGUUCAAGCUAAUACAAAGCCAACAGUAACUCGAAUAACCACUCGUUACUACCAAGGUAUGCAGAAGAGUAUCUCUGAAUGCACAACACAAAGAACCUUAAAGCAGAUGGGCUACAGCAUCAGGACCACGUGCCACACCUGACACCUGCUCAGAACAUGAAACUGAGGUUACAGCCUGUGCAGGCUCACCAAAAUUGGAUAAUUGAAGAUUUAAAAAAUGUUGCCUGGUCUCAUGAGUCUUGAUUUCUGCUGCAACAUUCGGAUGGUAGGGUCAGAAUUUGGCGUAAACUACAUGAACACAUGGAUCCAUCCUGCCUGGUAUCAAUGGUUCAAGCUGGUGGGGGUAGUGUAAUGGUGUGGGGGAUAGUGUCUUGGCACAUUUUGGGCCCUUUACCAGUUGAGCAUAGUUUAAAUGCCAUGGCCUACCUGAGUAUUGUUGCCAACCAUGUCCAUCCCUUUAUGACCACCGUGUAUCUUCUGAUGGAUACUUCCAGCAUGAUAAUGGCCCAUGUCAAAGCUCAAGUCAUCUCACACUGUUCUUAAUGAGCUCUCUAGAGUCGGGUGACUUCCACAGCACCGUUAAGAUGUGGUGGAACGGGAUUCUCAUUAGCCGACAAACGUGCAAUGUCAAUAUGGACCACAAUCUCUGAGGAAUGUUUCUAGCACCUUGCUGAAUUUAUGCUACCAAUAAUGAAGGCAGUUCUAAAGGCAAACAACCUGGUACUGGCAAGGUGUACAUAAUAAAGUGGUUAGUGAGUGUAUUAAGAUCAUUUAACAGGGUGUAACUGUAGGAAAACAUUUUAUGUACAUUCAGUCUGAUUAAUUAGGAUAAAUGAAUGUUUCCUAUCACAGGAAGUAAUGUGAAAACAUUUUGAAUGCAUACAUUGCAUGUGUAUAUUGGUUUUCUGCACAGUAGGAUUUUAUUUUCUUGUAAAAAUUAUUUAUCUCAUAUGUACAUACAGUGACUAUGAUGCCAAAUGAAAAAGUGCCCACAGAGAUGUUGAUUAUUGCUUUCCCAGUGUUCAGGUCUCAAGUGUGUGUGUUUCAUGGAGCUUUUUUUUUUAUUAAGUCUGUGUGAUUUGAUGCUAUUUGUUUUAUUUUUAAGACUUUUUCAAACAACUGUUUGUCACCUAUGGUAGAAUCGACUUGAAUGUUGCACACCUAUCCUCACACUUUAAAACACAGCCUUAUAAUAACAGGCCUAUACAUUUUUCACACAUUCCAACUUGAGAGUAGUUCUUACUGACACACACGGCACCACUGGAAACACCAGUUGUGUUAAAGGUCCUUGCAGGUCACUCGUAGGCUGUAGGUCAUAGUCCCCUCUGGCCAUAUUGUGCUUGCAGUGUAUGUUCACAACUACCUUACAGUCUGACCCAUAAUUGCUUUGUCUCCUCUCACAAAUAAAUAAUGCAGUCUUUAAA